AUGGGACAGGUGUCCCCACUUACACUGUUCCAUAUUACAUGGAGGAUCAGCAGAUCGCGCCCCCUUAUCCCCGACAGCUUAAGAUUAGAUACCCAAAGGUUUCGGGGACGCACCCACGGUGGAGUUGAGUAUCCUCCAGACCUCCACUUGCGCGAGAAAGAGCUAUCUAAGAUCGCCAUUGAUGCCUUUAACCCCACAGAGCUGAUCAUCGGGGAGUUGACAUGGGCGACGUACACCCACGCCACUUUAGCUAUAAAGAUCUUUAACAGAGUGCAAGAUCGGCAGAACGUCGUGGCUGUGGAUACCACACCAUGGCAGACCAACGUUAUUCAUGAACGGGAUGGGACUGAUGGAUGGUUAGAAAACCUCCUCUCCAGGAGCUACAUUGGCUCUAUAUGUCGUAAAAACGUCUCGUCGACUUAUUACAUCGAUAUUCCUGAUCGUUCGGGAUGGGCCCAUUUAUAUCGGUUUCCAAUGGCGGCAGGUGAACCAAUAGCCCUAACGGAAGGUGAACGGAAGCACCGCAGCACAGAGCACCAGCUGUACUCAGUGUCUUACUACACGUUUCAGAUUACGCCUCUUGUUAAAGAAAUGUAUUCCGUGGAGCGGCCUGCACCCCUUCGUACUGUCACCAGCAAUAUGGCAGUGAUCGAGAAAAUAAAGGAGAAUUCUCUGCCGAGAAUUAGCUACUUUGAAAUGACGAUCCAGAGAAACUCGACGUAA